AUGAGAGUAUGGUCAAACCAAUCAUCUAUAGAUGGAUUCAUCCUCUUGGGCAUCUUUUCCCACAACCAGACUGAUCUUGUCCUCUUCUCUGCAGUUAUGGUCGUCUUCACAGUGGCACUCUGUGAAAAUGUUCUCCUCAUCUUCCUCAUCUAUACAGAUCCUCAACUUCAUACACCUAUGUACUUCUUUCUCAGUCAACUUUCUUUCAUGGAUCUUAUGUUGGUCUGUGAUAUUGUGCCAAAGAUGGCAGUCAACUUCUUGUCUGGCAGGAAGUCCAUCUCUUUUGUGGGAUGUGGCAUACAAACUGGAUUUUUUGUCUCUCUUGUGGGAUCUGAAGGGUUGUUACUGGGACUCAUGGCUUAUGACCGCUAUGUGGCCAUUAGCCACCCACUCCACUAUCCCAUCCUCAUGAAUCAGAGGGUCUGUCUCCAGAUUGCUGGGAGUUCCUGGGCCUUUGGGGUAUUAGAUGGAAUAAUUCAGAUGGUAGCAAUCAUGAUCUUACCCUACUGUGGUUCAAGGAAUGUGGAUCACUUCUUUUGUGAGGUGCCAGCUUUAUUGAAGCUGGUGUGUGCAGAUACAUCCCUUUUUGACACUCUGCUGUUUGCUUGCUGUGUCUUUAUGCUGCUCCUUCCCUUCUCUAUUAUUGUGGCCUCUUAUGCUCGCAUUCUGGGGGCUGUGCUCCGUAUGCACUCUGCUCAGGCUCAAAAUAAGGCUCUGGCGACAUGUUCUUCCCACCUGGCGGCUGUGUCCUUCUUUUAUGGGGCAGCCAUGUUUAUCUACCUGAGGCCAAAGCGUUACCGGACCCCUAGCCAUGACAAGGUGAUCUCUAUCUUCUACACAGUGCUUACUCCUAUGCUCAACCCCCUCAUCUACAGCUUGAGAAACAGGGAUGUGAUGGGUGCCCUGAGGAGAUCACUGAUGCGUUAUAGUGUUGGCACCCAGCAAUGA